AUGGAUGCAGCCCUGCAGGUGAUGCUGGGCCUGCACAGUAAGGACAGUGGUGAACCUGAGAGCAAGCCGCUCAAAGAAGAUGACGAAGAGGAGACCGUCAAGCACAAGGAGCUCAAACUGCGAAACUAUGAUCCUGAAGAUGAGGAGCUGAAGAAGAGGAAGGUGCCCCCAGCCAAGCCGGUCUCAGUGGAAGAGGCGGUGAAGGACCAGCUGGAGGCCGCCAAGCCGCAGCCCAUCAUCGAGGAGGUGGAUCUGGCAAACCUGGCUCCCAGGAAACCAGACUGGGAUCUGAAGCGAGAUGUAGCCAAGAAGCUGGAGAAGCUGGAGAAGAGGACACAAAGAGCCAUCGCCGAGCUGAUCCGAGAGAGGUUGAAGGGGCAGGAGGAGGAGCUGGCAUCUGCUGUGGGGUCAGCAAAGCAGGAGGGAAGUGACUCUGACUGAGGAGCUCCAGCCAGCAGCCCCGGGUGGAUCUGCCCCUUCCAGCACGGCUGAUCCCACCGCUCUGGGGUGGAGGCACCUCGCUGGGACACGCUGCUCACCAACACUUUGCCAGGAGCCCAUGAAUCCCACCAUGCCUGAAGGAGAGGGGCAGAUCCAAGGAGCCCUGCUGUCUUCUCUUGGACUAUGGCUGGCUGUUCAGCACUUCACAGAUACCUUUUUGGGACCAUGAGGGGCUUAUGGGAGCAGGAAAAACACCCACGUUAGCUUGAACCUCGGCUGCCUGGACUCAGAAGAAGGAAGAUGUGGGCAAAAUAGAAAGUGAAUUCAAGUUGACCUUUCCCUGACUUGCUGGGUAAGCAAGAAGAUGCCCACACAGCCAAGAGCAGCCCUCAGAGAGGCACCAUCAUUGCUCAGGGGCCUGAUGCUCCUGGUCCUGUGCAGAGAGGCCUUCUUCAAGGUGCUCCUUUCUGCAGAAGAGCUGGUGUAAGUGCUACACGAGGGACACAGAGUCUGGAGAGCUGGCUGGGAGUAUUUGGGAACAUCCAUGGUCAGACCAUGCCCAGAAGUGACUGUGUGGCCCAGGAGCUGUUGGCUCCUCUGCAUCCAGCUGAGCAUAACGUGAGGUUUGUUCUGUUCCCUGAGGUUUCCCCACCCUCCAGGUUGUGCAGCGUGUCCUGCUCCUCUGGAUGUUUUGUAAUCUACAAAGUUUGUUAACAAAUCUUUUCCUAAUAAAACAGUCCUUCAGUGGAA